AUGUCAUUCACAUUUGCUGAAGACAUACCGCCAGUUGUCUUAGCUCAGGCGAAGCUUUCCGUUCUUCGUGAACUGUUCACGGCUUUGUCUGGCUCUGAUCGUUUCCCCCUUCGCCACAACUCCUUCGAUCUAGACCCCAAUGAUGUUGCUGAUGAAGGCUGGACUUAUGCUCUGAACCGUCGUUUUGAAGCCUCGAACUGUUGGGGUCUCAAAAGGAAUGGUCUCGUUAUUUCUGAGUGCGGUGGGAAGCUUGACAGCACCCUCGACACUCUUCAGCGUGUUAUUCCCGUCGCUGAGGACAUCGGCAUCGUGAACCUUUGGCUAAACGCUUUACUCGAUGCGGCUCGCAAUGCUUUCAAUAGAUCCUCGUACGUCUUCAUCAGCAAGACAGCAUCUGCCUAA